AUGGCGGGUAAUUGUGUGGGAGUAGAUGGUGAGACAAAGUGUCCAUGUCGUAAAUGUGGAAACAAAUAUUUUCAUCAUAUUGACUUGGUAGAGCAUCACUUGUAUGUACAUGGAAUUGACACUAACUACACUCGAUGGAUAUUCCACAAGGAAGAAGAUCUGUGUAGGGUAAAUGUUACUGGCAACUCGCAAUCUGUGGGUGUGAAUGAAACGAUAGAUGAGAUUGAUGAGGUUGAAGAAUUGUUAGGUGAUGUGCUUAUGGGGACAUUCUACGAUGCUAACAUAGGCGAGUCCUCUGCUGCUCAAGGUUCCACAACCGACGAUCAAUUGCCGAGAACAUCUUUUGACCGAUUAUGUGUAGAUGGCCUGAGAGAACUUUAUCCAGGUUGUAAGAAAAUUUCAAAAAUCUCUUUCAUUUUGAAGAUGCUUCAUAUAAAGGCGAUUCGCAACAUGACUAACAAGGCAUUUGAUAUGAUGAUUGACUUGAUAAAGGGGGCCUUUCCAGAUGGAGAGACCUUGCCACAAUCAUACAGAGAAGCAACACGGUGGACCCGAGACUUGGGUAUUGGUUAUGAGUUGAUACAUGCAUGCAAGAAUGACUGUGUACUAUUUUGGAAGGAACAUGCUGAUAAAGAUAAAUGCCCAAAAUGCAACACUUCAAGAUGGAGUAUUGUCAAAGGUAGCGGUAAGAAAAUUCCACAAAAAGUCUUGCGGUAUUUUCCAAUAAAACCGAGGUUGCAACGGUUGUUCACAUCGAAAGAUAUAGCCAAACAAAUGAGGUGGCACAAAGAUGGACGAGAAGAUGACGGCAACACUCUCAGACACCCGGCCGAUUCCAUUGCAUGGAAAGAGUUUGAUAAGGAACAUGACUGGUUUGCUAGUGAUUCCCCGCAAUGUGCGACUUGGUUUGGCAAGUGA